AUGAAACUAGCUCAAGUCAUAACAGAUGACGAAGACAAUAACGAAGAUGUUCUGGAUUUAAGUGUGAAAAAGAAACCAUCUUCAUUAGCAGCUUCCAAUGAAGUUAUUCUCAAGCAAAAUCAAAAUCUAUCUAGUUUACUUUCUCCAUCAUCGUCAUCAACAUCUUCAUCGUUAAUAUCAUCACCAAAACAUCAUCUACCAACUAACAAACGAGUGUUAGACACAUCAGGCACGAUGAAAAUACAGCAAACAGGAACAAUAUCAUCAAAUAAACGACCGCUUCGUUUUCAAUGUAAACAUUGUGAUUAUAAAGCACCAUCCACAUCACUUAUGCAAAAUCAUAUUUAUCGUCAUACUGAUUUGACGCCAUAUGCAUGUGCAUACUGUGGACACAAGUCAACAACAAAAUCGACCAUUAUGGUUCAUAUUGAACUUUGCCAUCCAAAUAUGGAAGUGAAAAUUAUCGAAAAUCGUGUUCGCGAACAAGAUUUCUAUCGUGAUUUGAACAGUUCAGAGAUCACGUCUACAUCCAAUUCCAGCGUGACUAAUCCUGUAACUGCCAGCACAGCAGCAACUACAGCUGCAAAUACACAAGAACCGCAACUUAAAAAGCAACGUUGUUCAAAUCAGUAUGAUAGUGAAUCAGCGCCGAUCAAUGGCGUUGCUAUUUCAUUGAAAACAAUAGUUGACGACGACAAUGAAUCGCUGUCAGCUAGUGAUGACACAAGUGAAACAGAAAAUCUUGAGCCAGUUACGUUCGAGAAUGAUGAACAACGAACAUCAGUUAACCUAUAUGAUUCAGCACCGACUAUGGUUAAACCAUCACUAAAACUAAAACUUCCCCCACCGCAAAUGUCAACAAUGGAAUCAACACCACCGAUUACAAAAGAAUCAGAUUCCGAUGAUGGAUCAGAAUAUCUUCUUGUUUAUAAUCGUCCUAAACAGUAUUACGGUUCAUUGUAUGAGCCUGAUAAACAGUACGCAUGUAAAUUAUGUUCCUACACGACAAAUCAUCGACCAAGCAUGGAAGAUCACGUCUUUGUACAUACGAAUGAGAAGCCAUACAAAUGCGGGUAUUGCGGUGAAGAAAUCUACACACGUUAUGCAGCAACAUACCAUAUUAAGUAUAAACACGCUGGUAUGCCGCGCAAUUUUAUUCAAAACAAAGCUGAUGUGACACAGUAUUACGUCAAUCGAGCGAAGAAAGAUGAUGAGAAAAAUCAAUUCAAAGUGAUCGACACUCGCCGUGUUAAAGUUCCAGCACGUAAUGGCAAAUCAGGUAAGAGUCCAUCAGUGAAAACCGAAACAUCGGUUGAAUAUUCUGUUCAAAAUGUCUCUUCACCGUCACCAUCUAAUAUAUCAAUUUCAACACCUCCACAAACACCUAUAUCGAAACCGCCUUUGCCGCCGACAACCAAUGUGCCAACAGGGACAACAGUUCCACCGGAUUAUCGUUUGUUAUUAGCUUGGUCUUACUAUUUAGCAUCUCAAGCUGCAUGGCUUUCGCCGAUGCUACCGCAGCAGCAGCAAGGUCAGCUUCCAUCUUCUUUACCAACGGAUCCAGAAGCAGCAGCCAAAUUUUUACAGCAAGCUAUGCAAACAGCUAUGGGGCCAUUGAUGGCCGGACAAACAGCAAAUGGUCAGAAUGAUGAUGAUGACGACGAUCAAAGUAAAAGUGAACCUGUCGUGGAAAGUUUACUUACUAUUAAACAAGAAGUGAAUGAAUCCUAG